AGACGAAAGUGAAAGAAGACGUGAAUGUGUAAUUUUGGGUUUUAUUAAUUGUCCCAAACAAUGGGCUUUAUGUAAAAAGGCCCAACAUCGCGUGAGAAUUGAGGCGGCAAGCAAAUUAGGGCAAUAGUGGGGGAGAUUCAAAUGGGUGAAGGAGAGAGCUCGAGGUCCGGCGGCGACGAAUCGGAGUCGGAGGAGGAAAGGAGAUACAUAAUCGAAGAAGGAAAGGGUGAUAAGAUGUCGGCGGAGUACGAGAAGAAGAGGUUGACAAGGAUCGCCGAGAACAGAGCGAGAUUAGAAGCACUCGGCAUCUCUAAAGCCGCCAAGGCCCUUCUGCCUCCAUCAUUAAGAAAACCUAAUUCCGGUGAAGAAGACGACGACGAUUAUAGACCCGGAGAUGAAAUAGACGAGAGUGAAUAUGAAGAAGACGAGGAGGAGUUUCUGGGGUAUUCAAGCUCUAAAAGAAUGAAGAAGACCACCUCCCCGCCGCAGAAGAGGAGGAGGAGGAAGAAGCAUUUGUGUAGAUCAGAUCCCCUUGGAGACGACGACGACUUAGACUUAAACAAGGCAAUAGCGCUUUCUCUAGCAGGAGGAGGCUCUCAUAGAAACGACCACGGCUCAGCAUCUUCUAAGAAGAAUAAAUCGGACUUGAUCAUGAGCAAGAUGCAGAUGACUGCGGAUGAAUUGAUCUUAUACUUCUUUCACUUUGAUAAAGCGGGAAAAGGUUUCAUUACUCUCAGAGAUUUGGCGACAAUGGCCAAUGUGCAUGAUUUCACUUGGUCAGACGAGGAAUUGCAAGACAUGAUUCGUUGCUUUGACUUUGAUAAAGAUGGAAAGGUCGGUGCGCAAGCCAUGUCCAGUUUAUUAUAUCCAUUAGCUAAGCUUGGAUGAGUUCAGGAAAGUUGUUACGCGAUGUCGCAUGUUGAAUGAAUCUUGAUCAUGGCUGAGUGCACCUCUAAAGUUUGGAUGAUUGAUGAUUUUCAGAAGAAAUUCAAGGCUGUAUGCAGUAGUAUUAAUCUAGGCAUUAGAAACUAUUUAAUGGAGAUUGAUGUGAGAAAAUGGAUUCGGUUUUUCAUAACUUAUAUUUUUGCGCGGUACGUAUGUAAUAUAUUCGCUGAAGCUUGAUUUAGUCAAAUAUAUAUGAUAAUACUCAAAAA